AUACCGCUCAAUUACUCAACUCUUCCAUCACGGGGCGAGCAUUCUUCGAUUGGCUUUAGAAGGACCACAGAACAGCCUGGGGUCUGCUUGUCCAAGACGGCUAUCUGUGGCUUGAACUGCUUUCUGCGCUUUCCAAGGUGCAGGUUGCAGCGCAUGUGACCCGCCUGCAUCGAAACGAGGGAAAUGAGCGAGCCGCCGUGUAAGCUGCAUUCUACAAGUGCCUGUGACACCAUAAUAGCCUUGGGGAUAAGCCAGCUCUUAUUGGCCUAUUCGCAACUGAGCUGGAGACUCAAAAUCCAUUCUGCCAGAAUACCUGCCCGUGCUGCAUACUACGAUUGCCGGCUCCGUUGGGCACGCAACGGAGGCUUGUCUUCCUGGCCUGAAGGCGCCCGCAAUAUCGGACGACCUGAGCCAUUUCCCGCGCCGCAGUUGCCCAGCUCUCACAUCUCGCUGGUAAUGUUUGUGAUGAAACCUCUGGCGCAAUGCGUUAUCCUCUUUUUGCUCGUCGCCAGAGCUGUGGACUGCGCAAAACGCUUUGGGGCCACUCAGGUCUCGACAAUGGGUGCCCGCAAAUAUUCUCAAUGGCCGUAUGGGAUGCCAGCCCGAUUGGGGAAGCCCACGUUCGUCUUGCUCUGCUCAAUAAGAGCAUUAGGAAUUAAUUGGGCACCGCAUGCCAACUAUUAGACCACACCCUGGCUGCGUCCGGUACCCCUCAGUUCCAUUCAAAUACAUAUGAUUUAGCACCGGGG